AUGACUCGUACUACGUUCCUCCUGCUGAUGGUCGCCUUCGCUCUGUACCUAUCGCAGCCGGCCCACAGCGCUGGCGGAGGCGGGUGGCCCAACUGGGGCAACGGCAUCAGCAACAACCACCGCGCAGUCGAUGAGACCUGCAUCCGCCAGUCGAAUGUGCACCAGCUGACGCCUAAGUGGAAGCUCGACGUGCCCUCGGACGUCACCGCGGUGCCCACCGUGUCGGCCGACGGCCGCUGGGUCUACUUCCCCGACUGGAACGGCAACGUGUGGUGCGUGUCGGCUGCCACCGGGGCCGUGCGGUGGAGCGUGCGGCUCGACGCCAUCACUGACAUUGUGGGCACCAUCGACAACGCCACUGGCAUCAGCUCGGGCUCACUGUCGCGCAACUCUCCGGCCCUGUGGGAGGACCUCGUCCUGCUGGGCGACAUGGCCUCAGGCUGGUUCUUCGGGCUCAACGCCACCGACGGCCAACUGGUAUGGCGCACACUGCUCGAUCCGCAUCCGAACGCAGUGAUCACCAUGUCGGCCACCGUGCACCGCGACCGGGUGCUGGUGGGCGUCUCGAGCACCGAGAACCAGUUCGGCGCCGUGCCCGAGUUCCCGUGCUGCACGUUCAGGGGCUCGUUUGCGGCGCUCGACGCCCGGUCGGGCCGCGUCGAGUGGCAAACCUACAUGACGCCAGCCAACUACUCGGGCGCGCCGGUGUGGGGCUCGAGCCCCUCGGUUGACGACCAGCUCGGGCUGGUCUACGUCGGUACGGGCAACAACUACCGCGAGACCGCCGACAUACGGGCCUGUCGCGAGCAGGGCACGCCGCCGGGCCAGUGCCUGGUCAACCCCCACAACCACGUUGACUCGAUUGUGGCAAUGCGCCUAACCGACGGCGCCGUGGCCUGGGCCAGGUCCUUCGCGCCCGGCGACUACCUCGACGACGCCUACAACCUCGGUUGCAACCCCAACUACUUCCCGGCCAACUACUCGGCCACGCCCAACUCCAACUGCCCGGCGGUGCCCGGCGCCGACGCCGACUUCGGCCAGGCGCCGAUGCUGAUCGCCUACGAAGUGACCAACGACCGCGGCCGGCGCGAGACCCGCAGGCUGGUCACCGCGGGCCAAAAGAACGGAAUGAUGGUGGCCCUGAACCCUGCCACCGGCGCGCUGGCCUGGGCGCGCAAGGCCGGCCCCGCCGGGCUCAACGGCGGCGCGCAGUGGGGUGCGGCCUUCGACGGCCAGCGGAUCGUGGUUGCCAUCACCAACUCCAACUUCGCCGAAGUCCAGGGCCUGGUACCUUCGGGCGGCUCGACCUACGGCGGACUGUGGACGGCGCUGGACCCUGCCGACGGGUCGAUCGUGUGGCAGACGGCGGUGCCCGAGGGCCAGGCCGCCAACUCGAGCGUCGCGGCGGCGAGGGGCGCCACGGCGUACUCGGCAGUGACGGCGGCCAACGGAGUGUUCCUCGUCGGGUCGAGCACCAAGUCGUUGGGGGCGUCGAACUACUUCGCGCUGCAGGCGGACACGGGGCGCAUCCUGUGGGACUACGCGCCGGGCGGCUCUGCCGUGAGCGGACCGUCGGUCGUGUCGGGCUCGGUCUACUGGGGCUGCGGCUACGCGCGCAUUGGGAGGGGCUGCAAGACCUUCUACGCCUUCUCCGUCCCCUCGUGCUGA